AAAGGAGGUGGCUCUCCAUUGGAUGCGGAAGCAAUUCGUACGAGCAGUCAAAAAGCUCUUCGGCUCUUCGUCAUGCUCAGGAUACUAACGCCGCUGAACGUGCUACAGUGCGGGGAGCUGUUGAAAAGCAGCCGCGGAAAACAACCGCCAUCUUCCCGCGAAAAGAAUUCGCCUUGCAAUGCCAGCGAAGAACACUUUGGAAAACUUAGUACCUUGUUGGGUUCGAGGUAAUCAACGCGCGCGAAAUCCAGAAGUUUUCCGAGCUCGGCGACGAUGUCGUUGAACGUUGAACUGCUCUUCGGACGGAGCACACUCCUGUAACGCGACCCUAUCCAUGUGUGUCGGUUCUGUGGCGUCAGUGGUUGCUUGGAACGCACAGUCGGCUCCUGAUGAGAACGAGGUGGGCUUCCCUGCGAGACAUGUGUGUAUGACAGUGAAAGAUGUGUGCGGGGCAAUGACGCCGGACUGCGUUGGAUUCGAGAUCGAGCAGGUCGGACGGGGCGCCGCCAUGAAGCGGGCUGCGGGACACCCCAGAGGCGAGCCGGACGUGGGCCCCGCGCAGACCAGCUGAGCCCCGGGCGCAGGGUCAUGAGGUCCGCGAUGGGCGCGUCCCCUCAACCGGGGCCGCAGACGACCGUGCGGCAGUCCCCGCAGUCUCCCAACUGCUUCCGCAUCCCGAUACCGCUGGAACCUCUCAAGGACGGGCCCUCCAUGGACCCCAAGGAGCGCAUCUUCCUGGAGGCCGCGGAGCGGGGCGACCGCCACACCAUGAUCCGAUGCCUGUCGCCGCCCCAGCCCGUGAACGUGAACUGCACUAACAUCCUGGGCCGGAGCGCCAUCCAGAUCGCCGUCGACAACGAGAAUGUCGAGAUCGUCGAGCUUUUGCUGCGCCAGGAGGACGUCCAGAUCGGGGACGCCCUCCUCCAGGCCAUACGAGAAGGCGUGUACAAGAUCGUGGAGAUGCUCAUCGACCACCCGAGCAUCACGGCCGAGAUGCUGGCCAGCGGCUGGGCGCGCAGCCUGUCCAAGGAGAGCUCGGACUACUCGGCAGACAUCUCUCCCGUCAUCCUGGCCGCCCACUGCAACCAGUUCGAGAUCCUGCAGCUCCUGCUCUCGCGCGGCGCCACCAUCGACCGGCCACACCCGCUGUCGUGCGGCUGCCGCCGCUGCUACGAGGACACCCGCAGGGACUCCCUGCGGCACUCGCUGCGCAGAAUUCACGCGUUCAGGGCCCUCGCCAGCCCCGCCUGGAUAUCGCUCACCAGCGAGGACCCCAUCUUCACCGCCUUCAAGCUGUCCUGGGAGCUGGGCACCCUCGCCCAGCGCGAAAACGAGUUCAAAGAGAUCUACCUGGAACUCAGCAACCAGUGCAAGAAGUACUCCUGCGAGCUGCUGGACCUGUGCCGCAGCAGCGAGGAGGUCGUCGCCGUCCUCAACAAACGUUCUGGCCCGGACCAGAUUGAGGACUCGGACGACGACACCGACGACGAGCUCGAGUACGACGCCGGCCAGGACUACUGCCCCGACCAGGCCAACCCGGGACCGUACCACCACUCGGGAGGCCUCACCCUCUCCCGGCUCAAGAUGGCUCUCAAAUACGACCAGAAGCAGUUCGUGGCACACCCCAACUGCCAGCAGCUCUUAACGUCCAUCUGGUACCAGGGCCUACCGGUGUGGCGACGUCGUAACGCCCUCAGCAAGAUCUGUCUCUGCGCUGGUCUCAUCGCCCUGCUGCCGCUCAUCGCCUGCUACUACCUCGCCUUUCCGAGGUCGCGUCUGAGUCGUGUGGUCCGUUCGCCCUUCAUGAAGUUCAUCUACCACAGCGCGUCGUUCGGAUGCUUUUUGCUUCUGCUCAUCCUCGCGUCCACCAGGACGGACCGCUCCAGACAAAACAUCCGCGGUCCCGCCCCGUCACCCGUCGAGUGGCUCAUCCUCUUCUGGGUCACGGGGAUGGUGUGGGCCGAGUGCAAGCAGCUAUGGGAAGAGGGACUCAAGGCGUACGUUCGCCAGUGGUGGAACUGGCUGGACUUUAUCAUGCUGUCGUUGUACCUGACCACUGGGUCCCUCCGGGCCGUCGCCUACUUCCAGGUGCAGAGCGGCCAGUACGGGGCCAAGGUUCUGGAGAGGGUCCAGUGGCCGUCUAACGACCCGACGCUGAUCGCGGAAGGGGUGUUCGCGAUGGCCAACGUGUUUAGUUUUGCGAGGAUCAUCUACCUGUUUCAGACGAACCCGCACCUGGGUCCACUGCAGAUAUCGCUGGGCUGCAUGAUCAUCGACAUCGCCAAGUUUCUCUUCAUCUUCUUUCUGGUGCUCACGUCAUUUGUGUGCGGUCUGAACCAGCUGUACUGGUACUACGACCCGAGCAUGGGCUUCUGCGAGACCAAGGAGGUCGGGGGUGUGAACAUUACUUUCAAUUGCCACCACAAUCCAGACGCCUUUCUAACGAUAGACGCCAGUUACACGUCCUUACUAUGGUCUCUAUUCGGAGUCAUCCCCAUCAAGGACAUCAGCGCUCGAAAGGACCAGCCCUUCACGAAGUGGGUGGGACACGCCCUACUCGGCGCCUACAUGAUCAUGGCCAUGACGGUCAUGAUCAACAUGCUCAUCGCCAUGAUGAGCAGGUCCUUCCAGGACAUCGAGGAUCACAAGGACCGUGAGUGGAAGUUCGCCCGGUCCAAGCUGUGGAUGGGCUACUUCGACGAAGGAUCCACGCUGCCGCCGCCCUUCAACCUGGUCAUCAGCCCCAAGUCGGUCUGGUACUUCCUGCGCUGUCUCCUCCGCCUCUGCCGCUUCCUCUGCAAGAAGACCUUCUUCCGGAGGCCGCGCUUCGAUCACUCCUCCGUCAAGCCCGAGGCACAAGACCCCAUGUAUGUUGGAAAUGUUCCUGGAAAAGUCAGCCAGAAAAAAGCUGCCACUGGAGCUGCCACAGUCUCGCUCAGGUUCAAUGGACAAGCCAGUACUGCUCAGUAUCAGGAGGUGAUGAAGCGGUUAGUUAAUCGCUACAUUCACCGUGCUAAGAAGCAGCUUCGUCAAGACGGCGUCAACGAGGAUGACCUUCUAGAAAUCAAACAGGAUAUUUCCAGUCUCAGGUUCGAACUCCGCGAGGAUCGAAAACGCGAAGCGGCGCUCAGCGUUCGUCAACUGGACACGUUGCGCCGAGACAUCUUCAAGGGCGGGCCCUUGCAAUCCACGCUCGAGGUGCCAGGGCCACCCCUGCCGAUGCAGCAACCGCCACCCAGUCUGUCGCCCUACUACGGCCUCCUCUCGCCCGAAGAAGUGGACCAGAUGCGGCUUCAGAUUGUCAACAGCGUCCGCGAGGAACUGCGUCACCUGGCCCGGGAACUGCACGUCCAGCACUGCCAUCGGCCGCCGUACCAGGCACCGCCGGUGCCUCCUGCUUCGAGGCCGGCACCUCCGCUUCCUCCUGACUUGUAUCAGACACACCUCUUCACACAGUUAUGAGCCUGGUCGCGAAAGUAGCAGGACACCCGCUUGUUCGACCAUUGUUUCUGUGGUUCACACUGACACGGGCCCCGUCUGGACACAGUUCAUCUGCUUUAUCUGCAGUGCUCAGGGUUGACACUGUUAAGAGUCUGGCCGGGACGGCUGCCAAAUAUCAGCUUUGACCAUGACAUGCACAGUCCACACUGAGGGCUGUGGCUACGGUUGAGAUUGAUCCUGGUAUAGAUGAUGAACAUCAGCAUUAAUCAAGGCCCCCAUGGUGGGUGCGGAGAGUUGAAACAGAUCUGUCUUAGGCGUGCUGUGCACGGCUCAUACCGUCACUACGUUGGUGCUGACACUUUGAAAACAACAGAAAGAAUCACGAUACCGGGGUCGAAACUUCUACGUGUUUUGUGACAAGGGUUGGCCGACUCCCGUUUUGCACCAUGGUGAACAUGGUCCGCUCUUUCCAUUUUGACCACGGUCUCCAGAGGACCCAGGACUUGCGAGAUCUUCCUUGGUUACAGGCAAUAUCGUCGCUUGUACAGCUGACACGUUACCAGAAGCCGUUGCGUAGCAAUACUGUAUGGUCAGCUUUUGCGCGCCAGUGAGCCGAGCUUGCUUUUGCUUAAGGGUCCGGACGGUCCGCUAGACUUGCAUACUAUACGCAGGUCAGCGAUUCCACAGCUGAACACUUUUACCCAGAAGUCUUGGGUUGCAGCUUUUCUGCCACCUCUUGGCGGUGCGUUGUUGUCAAGCAUAUUAACUAAGUCGUUAUUCCUGCUGGUGAUUCAUUGUGGCAGGGUCGCUGAGUUGUUUUGAUUGCGUCGGAACGUCCUGGUGACGUACCAAUUUUCAUUGAUGCACCAUUUGCAUAUUUUACGGUCUCGACGAUUGUUGUGCCCACCUACAUUGAGCCUGGCCGUAUUCCUCUAUUGGGCGAACCUAACGAUCAAGAGUUUUUGUUACAGACUUACUACCAACCGGGUUACGCAUUUAUAUGAUCCAUUUAUUUCAAGAACCGAGCCUCCAUUGUUUGUUGAGUUAAGCUAAAGCAGAUGCGUGUAUACCCGCGUGCCCACGAGAACUGCGCUUUAUGUGAAGUUUUAGCUAAUUAAUAUUAUAAUUUUCUCGAUGCUUGUUUCCACUCUGCUAUUAAAUGGGCUGCUAGAAAUCUUGUGAGUCACCACGAUGCUCGUGUUUUGUAAAUGACAGAUCCCAACCCUUAACGUCGUAGCCCUUGAAUAUGAAGAUUUACCAGAUUCUUGGAGACGCGUGUCGGAGGUGACGAGCGCGCACUUUGUGUAGCAUUAGGUUGGUGUAGACUGGCAUGUGUAAUCCGUGCGCUUUUCGUAGACCGUUUCCAUUUACCAUUUAAUACUCACAGCGUGCCGUUUGCCUCCUGUCGUCUUUGACCGAACAAUUCCAGCUUAAGAGAAUUAAUCCUCGUUGUAGGCGUAGGGGAUGACAUAUAUAUAGCUCUGGAAUUACGAAGUACCACCGCAACGGUGAAUCGCCAGACGUAGUACACAAGUAUAUUGAGCAACUUUAAGGAUGAAUGACUUUUAAGGAGGGGGCCAGGAACGACAGGGCGUACUCGACGCAACCACAGAAACGUCGGUAAGGGGCGGGUGACGCCAUUCGCUAUCCCACCAAUGAGAGCACGGCACUGUCAUUCCCGACUUCCUUACAACGUACGCCUGUACUGAGAUAAUAUUUAAGGCUAGUUACGAGCUACGUACAGUCUGUACAGACCCAGUACUGCAGCAGUAUUUUGACAGCGUUUUUUGGUAAACGCUCCCAUAGGGGGCGCCCUCCAAAGAGGUUUCGCUUCUCGCCUUGUCGUUAGACCUGCUCCGUCACUUAGCAAGCAGUCCAGGUGUGAUUGUUGUGAGACCAUCGCAGUUACCAGACCAGUGUUGUUCCCGAUGUCAUGACCAUUCUGGCAACAUAUACCCAAGUGUUCUUUGUAAGAAGGCCAAUGAAAAAAGCCAUGCACGUAGGCAGAUGGACGUUUACAGUCACUGAUAACUUAAGAAACGCAGGGCACGCCCAAAGCUAAGAGGCAUGAGCAUGCAUGUUUAUGCCUCUUAGCCUUGGGACUCGUUCUUUGGCGUCCUAAUCGAGCAAUGCCGCAAUUUCGCUGUUUGCGGAACGAUAUAACAAUGUGCAACACUCGCUACGCACUCCGCUUUCUAAGAUAUCUGUGGCUGUACAUCUCGACUUGUUCUCAAUUUGAAGGGUUCUCAACUGGAGUCAGACGUCUGUUUUUGUGACUACGGUCUUUCAUUUCUUCUCUUUUUUUUUCGCCGGUCAUUGUACGCAAUUUGGAAAGAGGCUUUGACGUAGACCUGUGUGUACUGAUGUCACGUGGACUUCGGGGUAAGCGUAGGAGACUCGAUCGCUUGUAGAUUUGACUUCCAUGUUGAGAGCCCCGUUUUCAAGACACGCACAGGCCUAACAAAUACUUCAGCCAAUCAACAGAAAAACGUGUUUCUAUAGAUUGAACGUAUAGAGUCUUCCUGGUAGCAGACAGAAUGCCGUCCCCCCGUUCAACUAGAAGGCAAUAUGGAGCCAAAUCAAGCUACUGCGUUGCGGAGUUUGGCGGCAGACAAGUAGCUUGAACGGCAGCAAGACAUUUUGCGGUCCAUUAGAUAGCUCGUGUGAAGGUUUAUUUCCUCACGCGAGCUAAGGAUUUCAUCAACUAAACUAUACUGAUUAUCGGUCGCUGACUUUGCGCCUACCAAGAAAUAAAAUAGAAGCAGUGGCACGGAGGGGGCAUGACACAUGUGAACGUCAUGCUUGAUUUUCUUUGGUGUAUGACUUCCUAUGACUGGUAUUAGUGUCAAGAGCAAGCUGUUUCAACGCGUUCAGAUAAUUAACCUGCAAUAUUAUUCGAGACUUCCGUGUUGCUUACUCUUUUUUGUUACUUAUAUCAACCUCCCGUAACAUAAUCACGUUUCAUCUUGUGUUUAACAUUGAAUUGUUAUUUUUCCUGAGGCUGCAGUCGUAACCUGCGCCAAAGGAAAGAAAAGCGUUGAAUCUUCCGACUCUUUGGACUGGCAGUAAAUCCGGAGAAUUACCGAUCAUACUAAGUUAAGGCGAGGGUGAUAACCGCCUUAGCUAAAAAAAAGGUAGAGUUCGAGUUUAAUAUAAUUAAAUAUUAGGGUUAAGUGGGCGUUAAGAACGGGAAAUAAAAACGCCGCGAAGUAGUGAGAUAAAUUCAGAUUGCUUUGUAUUUGUUUCGAUAUAUUUGAAAGAGAGAGAGAGAGAGAAAAAAAGAGAAGAAAUAUCACGCCUCUUUACGUCAAGAUAGUGUUCAUGAUUGACUAAAAGUGUGAAAUCUUGUAUAAAUUACAUACUGGAGAUGCUAAAUGCAGCAGCUGAACAUUACACAGUUUCAAAGGCGUGGGACAUCCAGUGUAAAAAGAACAUUACAUGCAAUCAGCUGUUUGGUCGUGGUUCUAUCUCCAAAAUCAUCGGUUUGCUCGCGGUCUUAUGACCAAAAUCGUCCAUUUGAUCGUGGUCCUAUAAGAAAACUAGGCCAGGUGUUUUGCUUUUUUUCAGCAGAACCACCUACUAGCAGUCGAUUCGGUUUGUGUGUAAAUUAUGACUAAACAUAAAGCUUUUUUUAUACAUGUCAACGCGACUGAUAAGAUUUCCAAGAAUCUCAAAUGUCGGUUAAUUAUUUGCUCAUAAAAACUACAGUAAAAGGCGUCAAAGAUUCAUAAAUUUGGACAUAUAAUUAUGAUUUUUCUAUUUCUUGACUACAUUACCUGCUAAAAUGCAAAUGGUCGUAAGACCUAGUGAUGCAUAUAACGCUUAUUUGUGAUGUUUUCAGAUAAAAUACUGUCAGAGCCCUGACAUGUGACAAAAUUCACGACACCUCGUGCUCGGCAUUCACAAUUCGUUACAUUGAAUAAUUUUUAUGUAAUGAAGAAUGAACAAGGGCGCAUGGUAUGUGUCUUCGUGCGCUUGCAUUUUGGCCGAUUCGGAACGUUACGAAGCAAAAUUAGAAAC